GAGCACAUAGCGAAGCAGUUUGGUGUGAUGCAGAGUCAGAUUGGUUAUGACAUCCUGGCAGAGGACACCAUCACUGCCCUGCUGCACAAUAACCGCAAACUGCUGGAGAAACACAUCACCAAGACCGAGGUGGAGACCUUCGUCAGCCUGGUCCGCAAGAACCGAGAGCCCAGGUUUCUGGACUACCUGUCAGACCUGUGUGUGUCCAACAACGUGGCCAUCCCGGUCACCCAGGAGCUCAUCUGUAAAUGUGUGCUGGACCCCAAAAACCAGGAUAUCCUCAUCAAAACAGAGCGUCGUGUCCCAAAAGAGGCGCCCCCUGGUGGUGUUCAGGGAGAGUACAUGGCGAUGGAUGACUAUGGAGAUGAAGAUGAGGUGUGGCUGGUGUGGACAGAUAAGACCAAUGAGAGACAGGAGAAGAGCAUCAGACAGCUGGCUCAGGAGGCGAGGCAGGGAAACGCUCAUGAUGAGAAUGUCCUUACUUACUACAGGUACCAGCUGAAACUCUUUGCCCGGAUGUGUUUGGACCGUCAGUAUCUGGCCAUAGAUGAGAUCUCCAAGCAGCUGGAUGUGGAGCUCAUCUUCCUGUGCAUGAUGGACGAGACCCUGCCCUUUGACCUCCGGGCCUCCUUCUGUCGCCUCAUGCUCCAUGCCCAUGUGGACCGAGACCCUCAGGAGCUGGUGACCCCGGUCAAGUUUGCCCGCCUCUGGACUGAGAUCCCCACCUCCAUCACCAUCAAAGAGUUG